AUGCCGGUGACAACGGUCGCAGGGAAUGGGACAAUUAUGCUGGCACUUGCAAAGAAGAUUGCAUAUGAACAUAUUGGAUUGGAUUGUGUUAAAAAGGUUCUUAUAUCAGGUGCAAAGACCGAAUUUGAGACUCUGAAGCCACUUGAACCUGUUUUUGAUCUGGCUAUUGUCAAAGACAUUUACGGAGCUACGGAAACUGGUGAAAUUUGUAGGCCCCCAAUGGAUGCGGUGAAAUGGUACGGAAUUGGAUUUCCAGCACCGAAGGUGCAAAUUAAGAUUGUGGACAUAAAAUCUGGCAAAGUGCUUGGGCCAAACGAAAAAGGAGAAGCGUUAGUGAAGUCGCCGUAUUGCAUGAGGGGCUACUACGAAAAUCCGGAAGCAACAUCAAACGCUAUCACAGCUGACGGCUGGGUACGAACAGGUGACAUGUGCUAUUACAAUGAAGAUGGCCAGUUCUUCUUUGUUGAGAGAAUGAACGAUCUCUUCAAAGCCAUGGGCAUACUCGUGGCACCUUCGUCGAUUGAACGUGUAUUGCUCAGCCACAAAGGAAUCGAAGAAGCUGCGGUUAUUGGUGUUCCUCAUCCAGAAUAUUCUCAAGUUGCAGGGGCAUUUGUUGUGCUGAAGACGGAUAGCCGCAAUAUUACUGAGGAAGAGCUAAAAAACUUUGUUGCAGGACAACUUGGAGUCUUUAUGCACCUCCACGGUGGUGUCAAGUUUGUUCAAAAGAUGCCAAAAGACGACUCCGGCAAAGUUAACAAAAAAGAACUUAUGAUGUACCGCCAGGGCACCUGA